UUCUUCUAAAACAAUCGGUAAUUCGUCAACAUCAAAACCCAAGGUCAACGAUGUCAAUGACAAAAAAACUAAAUCCAUCAUUAAAAGAAAAUCCAUCAAAUAUAACUGUAAAGCUCUGAAAAAGACUUCUUUAAGACGAUCAUUAAGAAAGUCAUCCAAAAAGAUUUAUACAGUGGAAGAUGUACCUGAUGAUGAUCUUAACAUUUUACAUCAAUGGAAGGGAACAUCAAAUGCUAUGAAGACACUUCCAAAAGAUUUGUACAUAAAUACCGCUACAAUCCCCAACGCAGGCAGGGGUGUUUUUACAAAGAAAAAAGUUGAAAUUAACACUCGUUUUGGACCAUACAGAGGAGAGGUACUUUCGCUUAAAGACGCAGAGGAUGGAAGAGAUCCUGCGUAUAUGUGGGAGAUUGUACAAGGAGGAAAGGUUGUAUAUUGCAUUGAUGGUAAGGAUCUUGCUCAAGGUAAUUGGAUGAGAUUUGUGAAUUGUGCAAGAUUUGAAGAAGAACAAAAUAUAAUUGCAUAUCAAUAUAAUGGAGAAAUUUACUACCGAGUUUAUAAAGAUAUUGAAGCCGAUAAAGAAUUGCUUGUUUGGUAUGGAGAUGAGUAUGCUGAACAGUUGGGAAUAUCGUUGUUUGAUGAGGAAGAUAAUGACAAGCAUCAAUUUGAAGUUGGAGGUCACAGCUGUAGACACUGUGGAAGGAUGUAUACUUAUCCCGAUUAUUUAGAGAAACAUUUAAAACGAUGUCCAAUGCUUGUUUGUACGAAUCCUGGGAAUGUCCACGUUGUGGUCGAAAGUACAGAUACAUACGGAGAGAAACUUUAUAAAUGUAAACAUUGUGGUAAAACAUUUACCCACAAUAGUGCCUUGAAUAGACACUUUAGGAUACAUACAGGAGAGAAACCAUAUCAAUGUGAACAUUGUGGUAAAACAUUUAUACGGAAUGGUUCCUUGAAUAAACACCUUAGGAUACAUACAGGAGAGAAACCUUAUCAAUGUGAACAUUGUGGUAAAACUUUUACAGAGAGUUAUAACUUGAAGAUACACCUUAGGAUACAUACAGGAGAAAAACCUUAUAAAUGUGAACAUUGUGGUAAAACAUUUACUCACAAUAGUGCCUUGAAUGGACACGUUAGGAUACAUACGGGAGAGAAACCAUACCAAUGUGAACAUUGUGGUAAAAUAUUUACAGAGCAUGGUAACUUAAAACGUCACAUAAAGAUACAUACAGGAGAGAAACCUUAUCAAUGUAAACAUUGUGGUAAAACAUUUACAGAGCAUGGUAACUUAAAACGUCACAUAAAGAUACAUACAGGAGAGAAACCCUAUCAAUGUGAACAUUGUGGUAAAACAUUUACCCACAAUAGUACCUUGAAUAGACACGUAAGGAUACAUACAGGAGAGAAACCUUAUAAAUGUGAACAUUGUGGUAAAACAUUUUCACAGAAUUGUGCCUUGAAUAAACACCUUAGGAUGCAUACGGAAGAGAAACUUUAUCAAUGUGAACACUGUGGUAAAAGAUUUGCAACGCGUGGUAGCUUCAUUCGACACGUAAAGAUUCAUGCUGGUAAGAAAACUUUAUAAUGUGGAUAGAUAUUUACAAGGAUUGAUUGACAGUAAC